AUGUUGGCAUUCGUCGUACUACCCUUUUUAUCGGGGUUCUUCCUCACUAUCUUAUAUCAACAACGUUGUCCCAGUGGUCUAGUAGACUGCUACAAGACGCUUCCCUUGCCUACUAUCUCUGAAGCUUACGAAAAUGUCAUUGGUCCCAUUAAACCUUUUGUGCCUUCUUCUUCAUGGUUAAACUCUUAUCAUCAUUAUCAUCAUUAUGGCCUACCCCACGGAUCUUCUGCCUCUCCCUCAAGUAUGGUAACCAAAGAGCUACAUCCUCAUCAUCAGCUCCAGUUUUUUGUUGAGCUACCUGAAGAUGUCAUGGAGACCGACUACCUGGCGAAUCAUCCGACUCUUACACUGACAUAUCAACGUACUUCCACUCAAAUACAUUCAUUCCCUACUGCUCCGUCCCAAUGUAAGGAUGUGGAGCUGGAAUCGAAGGACAACGGAGAGAUGAUCUCUCCCUCUCUAUCGAGAGGGAUCGAGAUUGUCGGAAGUAUAUUGCGAUCUUUAUCCUCUGAAGGCGCUAGAGCCAAUGCUCGCGCUCAGAUGAGUAAGGUCGUAAAAGAAUACGUCAAUCAUCCAGUCGUCACUUUUCAAGAACAUUUCCUACUCCUGAAACAACCGGUUGAGAGGGAAAUAAGGGGUUUGAAAGUAGAUAGAAAUGUAGUGAUCAACACCGUGGUGGGAUAUUACCUAUCCAUUGCCCUAAAGUCCUUAGUCAAGCUGAUGGCUCGAGGUCUAUAUCUCAUCGUCUUCCGCCUAAUCUUCCGCCCCCUCGCUCGCACUUUCGGAUCGGCGAUCAGCCUCUUCAGGAAACGCUCCGACCAAUCUGAUCACGAUGAUGAUCAUCCCGAUCAGGAUCACGGUCGUCCUGAGCCACCUGAAUCGAAGGCAAAUCAAGAUCUAAAAAGUCUCGGCAACGGUGCUCUCUCCAUCGACGGCAGUGAAACGGCUUCACAAAUGACACUAAGCAGCUCUGAUCCAGUAGCUUCGCUUUGGGCAUGCACUUCAUCUCGUUUGAAUCGUACUAGCUCCCUACCCUGCCUGAGCCCCACGUCCCCUGGUUUCUGCCUCUGGAGAGAGUUUGACUCUCGAACAAAUCAAAUUCCACAUCUGCAUAUAACACAGCAAGAUCUAUCCCUCCACAUCCCAUCCGCCCUUCAUGGUCAGUCAACUUCUCAAGUGCAUUCCGAUGACCUUGAAGAAGAGACAGGGGCUUUGGCGCCUUAUCUGAUGAAAACUGUACCUACACACAAUGCCAAUGGAUCCUUGGCUUUCGACAACUACGACGAUACGUGUUUGUCCGCAACUCUUCGACAAUGGCCCCGAAGCUCCCCGGAUGUUGCGAAUGAUGACCUGAAGGACAACGUCAAUGAAAAGGUGGCCAGCGACCAAUCACUUAUCCAGACCACCUGGCCUUCACUUAUGAUGGAAUGGUUAAGGAGCAUCUCGAAGGGAAGGUUGCUAUUGCUUCUAGAGAGAGUGAUGAAAGUAAUUAUCAUUAUCGCAAAUACCCUACCUCGGGCAUUUGUAACACCCAAUGAAAGUCUCACAGUGUUCGGACAUGACUACAUUUUCCCUUCGCCUUCACCUUCAUCUUCACUACCUGAUGAUGCUGAAAAGGAUGACGAGGAGAGAGAGCUCCAACCAUCACGCUCAGAAGUCCCUCGAGGGUACAAGAAGGAACGCCCUGUAGAACACAAAGUGGACGGAUCAGCGGGAGUUUCACCCGAUCUUCACUUGCCUAGGCACAAAAGAAACAGAAGUGACCAAAGUCUGAAGGAUAACAAGAAGGAACGACUCGGUGGGCCCCAACCAACAAGCCCAAUACAAGGUUCUGUAGCCGAGUCGGAAACCGAUGAGCGUAGGGUGGCAGAGCGAGUAGAAGAAAUUGUGCGACAAUCCUUCCCUCCUGCUGUCAAUGAGGGUACUUCUGGACCUUCGACUCAGUCCUCAAAGGAAGCAGGUGCUUCCACACCAGCUUCAAGGGAAGACAAAGGGAAAGUCCCAGUCAGAGGACAAGAAGAAGAGAAUCAAAAGACCCCUGAAUCAGAUAUUGUAUAUCAGACGAGAAAAGACUUCAAAGCUGCUGUAGACAAGUCGGCUGGAAACCUUCCAAGCUCGAAGUUAAUCUCUGGUUUAACUGAAGCGGGCUCUUCAAGACCAACAGAUAAGCUCAGACCUGAUCCAAGAUCUGGAUCGACCUCUCGUCAGCCUUCGGAGGAUAGAGAUACCGAGCCCCGCCCGCGCAGGAAACGUGUCCGUGGUAGAAAGAACAAGAAAGGGAGAGGAGGGCAAUCUGAUAUCGAGGCGACUCCACCUCCUCAAUCAGGCUCUAAGAAUGGACCCUCUCCUACUCCUCCUUCCGCUACGAUCAACCUUGUGGAUGAUAUAGAUGAAGAAGCGGAGUAUAUCGAGGCUGUUGCUCAAUUCCUGGACCAAGAAUCGAUCAAGGAGGAAGAGCGGCAGGAAGAGGAGGAAGUGGACAAGAUGCUUUGGGAUUUGUAG